AUGGCUUCCGCGGACGAGCUCAAGGCUCUAGGUAACAAGGCCAUUGCCGAGAAGAACUUCGACGAGGCAGUCGAAAAGUUCACCGAGGCUAUUGCCAUUCAGCCCGAUAACCACAUUCUAUACAGCAACCGAUCUGCUGCUUAUGCUUCAAAGAAGGACUGGGAAAAUGCUCUGAAGGAUGCUGAGAAGACCACCGAGAUCAAGCCUGACUGGGCCAAGGGCUGGGGACGUAAGGGUGCUGCUUUGCACGGACAGGGCGACCUUCUGGGUGCCAAUGAUGCGUACGAAGAGGGAUUGAAACUCGAUGCCAACAACGCCCAGCUCAAGAGUGGGCUGUCUUCAGUCAAGAAGGCUAUGGAGGCCGAAGUUGGAGGACCUCAAGACCCCAGCGGUGGCCUCGGCCAAAUGUUCAACGACCCCCAGUUGAUUCAGAAGCUCGCCUCAAACCCCAAGACCAGCGGUUUCCUUGCCGACCCCUCAUUCAUGGCCAAGCUCCAAUCGAUCAAGAGCAAUCCUUCAAAUGCUUCCGAGAUCUUCAGCGACCCCCGUCUGUUGACAGUCAUGGGUGUGUUGAUGGGUGUUGAUCUGGAGAUGCGCGAGCGCGAAGUCGACCCCAACGCCGAAUCUCAGGACUCUCCCAUGCCCGAUGCCCCACCAGCUCCCAAGCAGCCCGAGCCCAAGAAGGCCCCUGAGCCUGAGCCCGAGCCUGAGCUGGACGAGGAGGCUGUCGAGAAGAAGAAAAAGAAGGAAGAGGCCGACAAGGAGAAGGCCCUCGGCACCGAGAACUACAAGAAGCGCAACUUUGACGAGGCUAUUGCACACUACACUAAGGCCUGGGAGACCUUCAAGGAUAUUACCUACCUAAACAACUUGGGAGCUGCUUAUUUCGAGAAGGGUGACUACGACAAGGCCAUCGAGGCCUGCACCAAGGCCGUCGAGGAGGGACGUGAGAUCUACGCUGACUUCAAGCUCAUUGCCAAGAGUUACGCUCGUAUCGGUACAUCUUAUGAGCGCAAGGGAGACUUGGACAAGGCUGUUGAGAACUACAACAGGUCUCUCACCGAGCACCGAACUCCCGAUGUCCUGAACAAGCUGCGCUCUGCUGAGCGUGCCAAGACUGAGGCUGGCAAGAAGGCCUACAUCGACCCUGCCAAGGCUGAGGAGGCUCGUGAGGAGGGCAACAAGAGGUUCAAGGAAAUGGACUUCCCUGGUGCCGUUGCCGCCUACACAGAGAUGACCAAGCGAGCUCCCGAUGACCCUCGUGGUUACAGCAACCGGGCGGCUGCCUUUGUCAAGCUCUUCGAGUUCCCCAGUGCUCUCGAGGACUGCGACACGGCUAUCAAGAAGGACCCUACCUUCAUCCGAGCUUACAUCCGCAAGGCUCAAGCCUACUUCGGCAUGCGCAAGUACUCAGAAUGUGUGGAUGCCUGCACUGAGGCCCAGCGCGUUGACCAGGAGCACCACAACGGUGCUAACGCCCGUGAGAUCGAGCAACAGCAGCAGAAGGCUCUCUCGGCCAUGUACUCUGCCCGUGAUAACGAGACGGAAGAGCAGACCCGAGAGCGUCUGAUGAAGGACCCCGAGAUCAUGGGACUCAUGCAAGACCCCGUGAUGCAAUCGAUCCUCCAGCAGGCACAGUCGGAUCCCGCUGCUCUUCAGGAGCAUAUGAGAAACCCUGGUGUGCGGUCCAAGAUCCAGAAGCUGAUCGCUGCUGGCGUUAUCCGGGUGGGUAGGUAA